AGAUGAACCCUCCCCAUCUUCUGGCCUUCCUUUGCCUCCUGGUGGCCAUGGCCAGCGGGAACCUGGUCCAGUUUGGGGUGAUGAUCGAGAGGAUGACAGGGAAGUCAGCUCUGCAGUACAAUGAUUAUGGCUGCUACUGUGGCAUCGGUGGGUCCCACUGGCCAGUGGACCAGACAGACUGGUGCUGCCACGCCCAUGACUGUUGCUAUGGGCGGCUGGAGAAGCUGGGCUGUGAACCCAAACUGGAAAAGUACCUUUUCUCUGUCGGCCAGCAAGACAUCUUCUGUGCCGGCAAGACCACCUGCCAGAGGCGGACCUGCGAGUGCGACAGGAGGGCUGCCCUCUGCUUCCGCCGCUAUGUGAGCACCUACAACCGCAAAUAUGCCCAUUACCCCAACAAGCUGUGCACAGGACCCACCCCACCCUGCUAA